AAAUGCUUCGUCUCGUACCUUACAGACAGAUGUGAGCUCAAAGUAUGCACCAUACAGUCUACAACCUAGCUCACUCUCCAGAUUCCUGCCAACCCUCAGCCGCUAGAACCAUAACAACAGGUUGAGCUCUCUGCUCCUGGUUUCAAUGCGCUCGAAGAAGAUAUUGGCACGAAAUGCAGCAAAUGGAAGGGGAACAAGGUGAGGACUUGAAUAAGAAACAAACGGCAAGAGUGUAUCGAGCAAGGAACGGGCAAGUACGUAUAGAUUGUGGGCCUGGGACUUCACCGAAGUCGCCAUGUUACUCUCCAGCAGUGAAGACCAGUUUCGCUCUGGCUUGCUAGUGGAGCUCCUCAGAUCAAAGAGUCCAGUUGGGGCUCACUGGGCUCUUCACCCUUGCCUCUUCCGGCUGCACAGUGGGAUUUGCAGUUUUUUAACCUCCCGAGUGUCUAAUUUCGGCCUUACUCCUCUGCAGCGCAAGGUCAAUUUCUUCGUCCAUCAGCCUCUUGGUGUCAAUUUGGACAAUUUUCUCCUUGGGUUUACCCUUGCGAAUGGGCUCGUAGCCAUCGAAGAUUCUGAUUCUCUUCACCCUCCGCACAGGCACCAUCGACUAGCGUUGCAUUCUCUUCGAGGAUGCAGCGGAUCGGGCUGCAAGGCAUGAGCCCUCAAGGUGUAAGAAGAGAAGUCGUUUAUGGGCAGAUUACGCAAAGAGAAGGGAAGGGAUGACACGGGGGGCUGACCAGACCGCUUCCAAAUGGACGCGUGAAGGCAUUUUGUCACCCUUUGGAGUACGUUCUCAAUUCUCUUUAAUUGGACUUCCCGUUUACUUCUCGGAAUGUGGACUGGACAGCAGCUCCCCUCGAAGGCGUUCUCUAAUGGAUCUCAUCCAAAGCACGUAGCCGCGUCUCCACUUUCUGGGUCAAACAAGGUUGACCGGGUGAUGAUUGAUCGAGAGCAGCAUGUCGAGUUUUGUCACUUAAGGCGGACUUGCUCUCCCGACCGAUCGAUUGACCGCCUCUGCCAGCGACGAAUUUUUAACUGAAAGCCUUCGUAGCAACUGGCUACGAAGGGGAAAGGGGAUUCGACUGGUACACCGAAGCAGCCGAACGAGAGAACUUAUAUAAGCUUUCCUGCUAAGCUUAUAGUAGAUAGAAAACCCAGACAGCGAAAACAUCCGACCUUCCCUGUUGAGCUUCAGUGUACAUACAAACAGACAGAAAACAUCUGACCUUUCCUGCGCAGCUUCAGUGCACAGAACAUUCAGACAGCGAAAAUCUACAAGUUUUCUUACUGAGCUUCUGUGGAUAGAAAAUUCAGACAAACCAUUCAAUCGGCUAAGGAGAACGGACGAAUUUGCAGCGAUGGCGACCUCCACGCCUGACAUACCGGCGCCUGUGAGCACGAGUUAUUGUGUUCCACAUUUGACAGAGUUCUCGGUGGAGAGCAAGGUGCUGACGUUGAAUGGUGGCAAGUUUACCGCCAAAGAUACGCAGGGUUAUCUCUUAUUCCAAGUACAGCGCAAGUGGCCCAGUCUCCACUCCAAGCAUACCGUGUGCGAUUCCAUGGAGAGGCCCCUUGUCCAGGUGUCUAAGAAGCUAGGGGAGUGGCGCCCAACAUGGGAAGCGAUAAGGGCAAAUGGUGACCAGCAACCAGUGUUUCUCAUGAAGAAGUCAAGUUUGAAUCCGCUAAAUAAAACUUUCGAUGUUUUCCUGGGAACAAACAUUUCCAUGAGCAGGCCCGACUUCACAAUGAAACGCGAAUUUUUUUCUAACAACUACACCAUUUGCUACAACGACGAGCCCAUAGCCCAGGCUAUUCGGAAACUAAGCUUUGGAAAGACAAGUUACAUGGUGAUAGUUAAGCCUGGAGUAGAUCGAGCUUUCAUUACCUCGUUGGUUGUGAUAAUUAUAAUAAGGAUUAAGGAAAAGAAAAGGAGACGGGGUCGCUGA